AUGCCAGAGAAGCUCUGCACCGACAUGGCCACCGAUCAAGAGACAAGGUCCGUCCCAGCAUCCGCAACCACGAAAGACGACUCCCAGAUCGCAACGGUCGCUGCGCCAGCCAACGAGAGUGCCCAUGCCGCAGAUGAUAAAAACAACGAGCGCACCGGAAAUGAUGCGUUGCCAUCCCCGGAGGCUUGCCAGAAAGUCGAGAAUUAUCAGGUGUUGGAUCGCGAGGGCAACGCGCACCCGUUCAAGAGUCUUUACCAGGGUCCUGAUACAGCACAACGCGUGCUGAUUAUCUUUGUUCGGCAUUUCUUCUGCGGUAGUUGCCAAGAAUUCUUGAUCUCUUUGUCGCAAGCCAUAAAGCCAGACGACCUCGCCCGGCUCCCCACGAGCACAUCAAUCGUCGUCAUCGGCUGUGGCGAUCCGGGCUUGAUUGAGUUUUAUGCGACUCAUACCGAAUGCCCAUUCCCGAUGUAUGCUGAUCCGACGCGAAAGCUGUACGACGACCUCGGAAUGACAAACACCUUGGCCCUUGGCUCAAAGCCCGAAUACAUUCGCAAGAGUAUGCUGCGCAUCAUCGGAGAAUCAAUCAUCCAAGGCUUGAAGCAGAUCCCGAGUGGCUUGGCGACCAAAGGCGGGGACAGCAGACAGGUCGGCGGUGAGUUCCUCUACGAAAUAACAGCAGCCGGCUUGCAAAAGCAAGUGACUUGGUGCCACAGGAUGGAGACGACACGCGACCACACCUCGAUCGACAAACUAGUACGGGUACUCGACCCAGGUGGUCAAUAUUUGCAACGGGGGACUUAG